CAACGGUGUCGUUUAACAUCUCUUUCAAAUUUGAAUUCAGGCACAACGCGGUAUAAUUCCUCAACUCACAUUCCCAAUCAAUCAGCAAAGUUCACACAGAAGCAGCAGAAACUUCUCGAGAAAGAAAACCAAAAUGAAUUCUCCGAUCAAUUACGGCAUUGACGACAAGGACCUAGACGACGACGCAUUAUGGGCGGUUAUCGAUUCCGCUGCUGCCUCCUCUUCCUCCACCACCACCGUCGCCAAAUACUGGAAACCUCUACCUUACAACAACAAUCACUCUCCAACUCGUCCUUUUCCUAGUAUAUCUAAUCCUUCUUCUAGAAACUUCCAGAACCAUCACCGUGACGGAGAAGUACUUAAUCACCGGCCACAAAAAAUCUCCAGGACAAACACUAACUGUGUUACAACAAGUCCGAAUCAAAUGGCGGUAGUAAAGCACGUGCAGCGCACGCCUACUGUGACGAAUUAUUCUUCACCGGUGGCUCAGGUGAUGGAGUAUGAUCACAGCUGUAACAGUCCGUUUGGUUCGGAUUGUUCACCGGUGACUAUGAUGAGUCAUAGCUUGGCUGGUCAAUUUCCAUCCGUUUCUCUGUUCAAGGAGUAUCAAAAUGCAGCUAUGGCGAUUCUGGAGAAAAGUGACUACACUAUGAUUUCUAGACAUCCCUUCAUCAAGAAAACUGGUUGGAGGAAGAUAUCCUUUUACUUCAAUCUAUCAUAUGAAAUUAAAGACAAGACCAUCGAAUUUGAUGAGAACCGUAAUGUCCUGCGUGCUGAGUUUAUAGUUCGGGCAUAUAUGCAGGGUGGUAGGUUCUCAGAUGGAUGGGGUUCAUGUGAAAGGCAGGAGAAGAAAUUCCUUAAACCAAAUCAUGAUGUUCCCAGCACGGCAGAAACCAGAGCAAAAAAUAAAGCAUGCCAGCUUGCACUUUAGGUGAAUUCAUUGUUCUUUGUGAGUUGGGUCUCUGGUGUUAUUUCUUCCAUAUAAGGUGCAUAGACAAACUACUUUGAGGCUUACUUCAGUUUUUGGGCCCUCGUGGUGCUAUCAAGGCCUAAUAUUGUCAUAGUGGUACUUGUGUAUGCAGCACUAAAACUUAUGGCUGUUUGUUUCUUUCGUAGCUUCCACUUGCCUUUAUAAAAUUUGCAGAUGGAUUUACAUGUAUUCUGGUUCUUAAGUGCUGUAUUGCGUUAGGUCACUUGAUUUUGAUGUGCUAACCACAACUCUAUUUCUAAGAUUCAGAUGAUCUUCACUGUCUUGCUCAUUUCUUUGUCGUUCAUCCUAGCAAAUAUGAAAUUCCUGCAAUACUUUUAUUCUGUACAAGCAGUGUACAAGCAGUGUUCCAAUAUUAAAUGUCCCGCCAAUAGGAAAUGAGCCAUGUCUCCUUAUUUCGUACAAUCCUUACCUCUUGAACUAGUUUUUGGGUUUGAGUUAGGUCCACGUCCACUCUAUCAACAUGUUAUUAGAACCAGAGCCAUUCAUAUUUCUUGGUUUUCUCAAUAUUGCCCCCCACCCUGUGUCAUAUUAUCCAUGCACCGGAUGUCCAGACUGGAGGCGGUUGUUAGGUGUUCCAUGUUGGUGGAGGAAAUGGGCAGUUGUCUCCUUAUAGGGUAUGGGAUAAUUCUCACCUCAUGAGCUAAUUUUGUCCGAUUGAGUUAGACAUAUAAGGUCCAUUUUCUCAACAAAACUAAACCUGCCUCAUGAGUUUGACAAAAAGUGUGAAAUCCCCAUAAGAUCAGACCUUUACAUUCCCUAUCGGAAAGUGGAACAGUCAUCUGUUUCCAAACCGAUUGUAUGGCACAAAGUAUUGCGGGAUAUGAAGAAGAAUAUGGUGUUCUUUUCCACAAUCAUACAUGCAUUGUGCAUACUGAAAAUGCAUCGUCCGUGGCAACUAUUCCCUGUUCAUGUUCUUGCCAGUCAUGUCUACUUGCACCAUUCAGUUUAUGCUGUUUGGACUAUUUAUUCCUUUCAAUAAUCAUCAAUUCUAUACUAUUGUAAAUUUGUUUGUUAGGCAACUCAAUGAGUUUAAAC